AGAUGCUUUGUUUUCACGUUCACCAGGACCUUAUCACGGUGGAGUCAAGUCUGUGUGGCUAGCGUGGUUCGAGAUACACGUGUUCAUCGAUCUACGUGUUCGAGAUACACGUGUUCUACGUGCGUGGUGUACUUAGAUACUUACAGCGUGGUGUAGAUACAUCAAGUAACAGUACAACACUUCUUGACACUAAAAGAAAAAUGGCGAAUGUUGCUUUGAUUCUUGCUCGUGGCGGAAGCGUUGGGAUUCCGCAUAAGAACGUCAAGCCAUUGUGUGGCUCCGCCUUGAUCGGGUAUGUCAUUACAGCGGCACAAGAGAGCGGGGUUUUCGAUCGUGUAGUUGUAUCCACGGACGAUGAAGAAAUUGCAAGGAUUGUUAUGGCUUCUAAAAAUAGGAAAGGACGAGGAAAUACGUCAGGAUGGAAGUCGAUGGCCAUGACUGAUGACUAUCUAAUAUUCACUCAACUUCAUCGAUUUGAAGUUGGAGUUGAGUAAGCAGCACCACAAGCACAUGAUGACAACGACGACUUCCAUCUGCUUAAUGAGUUUCAAUGAUCUUGGUCCAGCUUUACUAGCACGCUGUGAUUAAUCAUAGGUCGUUGGUAGACAACUAGAGAGGACUAUGUUCUUCUAACCUGCCAGGAAGCGGCAAAUCAACAGAUGGCGAGGGAGACCAGGUAUUGUCAAGGAAAGAGAGCUCUUCUUCGGGCACGGAGGAGCAAGACGAGAUCCACACUUCUUCUAGCAGCGGGCCUUCUUCACCUGGUGAUGUACUACGAGAACUACCGUCACCGAAAAGACUUAAAACAACUUCUUUAAAAAUGGAAGCUUCUACUACUACUUGUCUCACUAUUAAGGCUCAACUUUCAAUGGUCAUUGGGGUUGGUCACUGAGAUCGAAGAGGCGACCCCUUGAGACAACAGGGGAAAACGAAGGGAAAGAAGGGGGUCUCUUCCGUUCAGCAUCAGUGACCAUUGAAUGCUGAGCUUUAACACUAAGAACGAGAACAUCGAGAUGAACAACAGGAACUACAAGAAGAGCCAUUUUGGUGCUGAGAUCUUUCGUCGUUCCGCAGCUUCAGCCACUGCAACCGCAAGCUCCGAGUCGGCUGUGUUGGAAUUUCUCAAGACCUCACCAGAUUGCAAGAUUUGUUGUCUAUUACAGGCAACCAGUCCACUGACCACAGCGCACGAUCUGAGAAAUGCUAUGCACCAAUUCACCUCGGCAAAAGCGGAUUCCCUAGUAUCUGUUGUGCGUUGGAAGCGAUUCUUUUGGGAGGUAACUACAUCUACAUCGCAGGAAAUUGACAUUCUUGAAGAACAACUAGAACUAGAACUAGAAAGUGAGGAAGCUGCAGGGCAAGAAGGUAAGAAAAAUUCUAAUGUAGUUGGUUCGCACUACGAGGAUACAACUAGUUGUUCAAAAGGUAGUACUACAAUAAGUGCAUCUGCGAACAGGAACACCGAGGAAACAACGACAACUAGCGCAACUACAAGAGGCCUUAAGAGAAGACAAGUAGUCCUUCUUGGUAAGCCCAAGAACUAUAAUCCUGCGAAGAGGCCAAGACGACAGGACUGGGAGGGCGAACUGAUGGAAAAUGGGGCAUUUUAUAUGUUUCGAGUCCCAGUUUUCCUCGAGACUGGACAUCGAUGUGGAGGAAAGAAAACGAUUCUAUAUGAGAUGCCGGAAGACACAGCAACAGAGCUUGACAGUCACACUGACUGGAGAAUCGUGGAACAGUUGUGUGCAGACAGGAUAGAACAGGGAGGCGGCUAGUGACAGUACAACGACCACGACUGGCGAUACUGGCCAGCACAAGAUGAACAUCAAGUGAAGAUGAUACAACUGGGGUAUUAAAAGGCUGCCAGUUGAACAAAAAGAAUGUGCAUCUCAUCUGCUAGGAACUGCUUCGCGCCAUCUUCCCUUUUUUGGGAACACAUUCAUAUUUGUAGUGCUAUCCGUUGAGGCGGCAGCGGCUAAUGGUAGCACGAGACAGAGGAUCUGUCAUGCUGGAGUAUAAAGAUUACUAGAUUGGUCCUGUGACUCAAUCUCCUCUGUUCGGAAGCCAU